CUCCAUUCGUUGGUGGGGCGGACUUCGACGUUGUUAGGGUUUAAUAUGUCAACAUGCGCUGAAUGCUAACACUCAACUCUCAGGCUCCAGAAAAUCGACUGCGGAGUGCCCUCACCUUCACUUCACAGUUCACUCCCCCGCCAAGUACACAUCAACGCCUGCCUAAAGUGGACUGAAGCUUCAGCGUUUGAGCCGCGUCAUCAGCGAGUAACUUAGACAUCUUUUGGAAGGCACCGCUUUUUCGCCCAUCCUUUUGCUAUCCCUACCUGUCAAAAUGGCCGACAUCCAAGCUAAGCUGCAAGCCCUCUCGGAGGAGUUCACCAAGUUGCAACAAGACCUCCAAGACACGGUUCAGUCGAGACAAAAGCUCGAGGCACAGAUGCAGGAGAACCUUGGGGUAAAAAAGGAAUUUUCCAACUUGAAGGAAGGGGAGGCUAUCUACAAGCUCAUUGGGCCCGUAUUGCUCAAGCAAGAAACCACUGAGGCGGAGAGCACCGUCAAGGGCCGGUUAGAGUUUAUCGAGAAGGAGAUCUCGAGGUUAGAGUCGCAUAUUAAGGAGAUGCAGGGCAAAAUGGAGAAGAAAAAGGGUGAAAUUAUUCAGCUCCAAACCAGCGCGCAGGCAGCCGCUCCGCAAGCGGUCAGGGCGCAAUAAAUAACACAUCGGGCCGGUUCAGGGGGGACGUGGUAGCAGAGCGGUUCGUUUCUUUAAACUAAGACAGAUACCCUAACGCCGCGCUACGCUCUACCCAGAAUGGAGAUGAUGACAAUAUUAUACA